UUUAACAACUUGCAGUCCGUGAAUGCAGCACAGUAAUCGAGCCGCCUGUAUUCUUUACACGGCGUCUAUCUGCGGCCAUGGUAACACUUUCCUCAACACUGGACCUAAAAUUCAAAAAUACAACACAAACAAGUGCUUUUCAUGCAGUUAUUAUUCAGCAUGAAUUUGGCAGAGAUAUGUGAUAACGCCAAGAAGGGUCGUGAGUAUGCUUUGCUGGGGAACUAUGACUCCUCCAUUGUGUACUACCAGGGCGUCAUUCAGCAGAUCCACAAGCACUGUCAGUCCCUCAGAGACCCUGCAAUUAAAGUCAAAUGGCAACAGGUCAGGCAGGAACUGACUGAGGAGUAUGAGCAGGUGAAAGGCAUCAUGGGAACGCUCGAAAGCUUUAAGUUAGAGAGGCCAGUUGACAUUCUUGCCCCUCAAUCUGAGGAGAGACCUGAGGAUCCAGCAGUAUGGCCCCCUCCUACCCCUGCAGAACACAGGAAUCUAGUUGCAGUGAAGCGCCCCAAUAGUGCGGCAAGGCAGCAUAGGAAAGAGUCCCCUGGUCUGCAGCAUCAAGGGGCAGGGCCAGGAGGCCGUGGUCUAAACCCUAAACCAGACCGACCGGGUUUGAGAGACGCCCGAGGCACAAAGCCCAAAGACGAUAAGGGGAAGAAAGGGUCUUCAGAAGGAGAUGUAGAGCAGAGGAAGUUUGAUGGCAAGGGGUAUGACAGCGACCUCGUGGACUCACUGGAGAGAGAUAUUGUGUCCCGCAACCCUAAUGUGCACUGGGACGACAUCGCUGAUCUGGAAGAUGCUAAGAAGCUGCUGAGAGAAGCGGUGGUAUUACCCAUGUGGAUGCCUGACUUCUUUAAGGGCAUUCGUCGCCCCUGGAAGGGCGUGUUGAUGGUCGGCCCUCCCGGGACAGGGAAGACCAUGUUAGCCAAAGCUGUGGCCACAGAAUGUGGGACUACUUUCUUCAAUGUGUCCUCCUCCACCCUCACCUCCAAAUACAGGGGAGAGUCCGAAAAACUUGUUCGUCUGCUGUUUGAAAUGGCGCGCUUUUAUGCACCAACAACCAUCUUCAUAGACGAGAUUGACUCCAUCUGUGGCAGAAGAGGAACAUCUGAUGAGCACGAAGCUAGCCGCAGGGUCAAAUCCGAACUUCUGGUUCAGAUGGAUGGUGUCGGAGGGGCUCUGGAUAAUGAUGACCCCUCUAGGAUGGUGAUGGUCCUUGCCGCCACCAAUUUCCCCUGGGACAUCGACGAGGCGUUACGACGACGGCUAGAAAAGCGGAUCUACAUUUCCCUGCCCACAGCUAUUGGUCGCAUAGAACUUCUAAAGAUCAACCUGAAGGAGGUGGAGUUGGCUGAUGAUGUGGACCUGGACUUCAUUGCUGAGAAGAUCGAAGGCUACUCCGGUCUCUGUCUUUAUGUUUAUAUCAGGGAUGCAUCCAUGAUGGCAAUGCGUCGUCGAAUCCAAGGCCUAAGCCCCGAGGAGAUCCGAGCUCUGUCCAAAGAUGAACUGCAGAUGCCUGUGACCAUGGAGGACUUCACCCUGACACUCAAGAAGAUCUCAAAGUCUGUCUCUUCUGCCGACCUGGAGAAAUACAUAGCCUGGAUGGCUGAGUUUGGGUCAGUAUAGAGAACAGUACCGUUUAGACCCACAGGGACCAGGACUUUGAAAAUGAUGAAAGCCUUGACAAUGAGGGACUCGCCAGUGUGUGUCACAGAGUGGAGUGAACUUGAGUGUGUGAACCAGGCAGCACAUCAGGGAUCAAGAUUAUACAGGGGCUCAAGUUCACAUCAGAAGACUUUGAGACUUGUGCCUUUGAGAAAGCACUCCUGCCCUUUCACAUACUCGCCCCUCGUUGCUUCGGCACAAUUGUCCGUGUAGAGACUAUCAAUUGCCCUGAUGUUGACUGACUUAGGUGACCUGAGAAAGAAAGAGCAAACUUUUAAUGUAAAAAGUAGCCUAAUAAAUACAGGUAGACCAGGAAAUGCACUCCAGUUUUAUUGCAUGUUAGUUUGUUAAACAAGUGUUGCCCAUCCACUCCACCAAACAAACUCUGCUUGUAUAUUACCUGUUUUAAACUGAUGAAUGCCAACUGUUUACGAGUAGGUUAGUGUAUGUGAGAUUUGAUCAUUUUGGUUAAUCAAUGCCCCCAAAAUUGCUAUAAAAGAGUGCCUGUUCUGCUCCAUUCUGGGCAAGUUUCAUUGAGAGAAAAAAAAAGAUUAAAAAGAAGACUUUCACACUGCUGAGCUUCAUAUCCUGCUAUCAGAAAUCAGCAGUCGAAAACAUAACAAGUUUAGUAGUCAAAGUCGUGUUGAGAGACCUGUAAUAAUAAAA